AACAGUGCGCCAGCUCACUUUGUAUCGCGAAUCAGCGUAGUGCGAAUUUAAACUUUUACCUGUAUUAUAUACACUCGACAAAUUACCUUGCCGGUAGCGUGUUACACGCAGAGGUCAAAAGAACGUGUGCGUCUCCCUCCUAUUUCCACGUAAACCACGUGAAGUGGUCUUGCACGUUUGUAGUCAAUAGUCGCAGCAACAAUGCCCAACGAUGAUGACUUGCCGGACGGUGGUGUUUUGAAAGGUCAACAGUGGAUACCAACCAGUCUAAUCGACGGUCACGGAUUAGACAAUGGAUUGGCGAUCGUUCUGCUGAAUAGACCGAUUCUGUUGGAAAAACAUUACUUCACGACACUGUGGAAUGGUGCAAAGGUGCGAGUCGCGGUCGACGGUGGCACGAACCGUUGGGUUGACUAUGUGAAGGGCAACAUUAACGGUGAACAACUGCUAAAACCUCCCGAUCUCGUGACGGGUGAUUUCGAUUCGUGCAAUCAGGAGGCCAUGCAGUACGUCGAACAGCUAAAGUGUACGAAGGGUAUUUUGUGUCUCACCCAACAGAUUGUCCACACACCCGAUCAAAAUGCGACCGAUUUUACCAAAUCUCUGAAGGUGCUCAAAACCCAAGGUUACGAAAAGAAUAUAACGCGCGUACUGGCCCUGUGUGAAUCAUCCGGCCGGCUCGACCAGAUAAUGGCCAACAUCAACACGCUCUUCCUGGCACAAUCCAUCCUACCCGGCGUGGAUGUGUUUCUACGGUCGAGUAAUUCACUGUCCUGGCUGCUACGACCCGGCGAGCACAACAUCGACAUUCCGCAGCGUCUCGUAAGCGAACGGAUCUGGUGUUCGCUUGUGCCGAUCGGUCAGGGCUGCGUGUGCACGACCGAGGGACUGAAGUGGAAUCUGGACGGCAGUAGGUCGCUACAGUUUGGCAGUAUUGUCAGUACCUCUAAUACGUACGCGAUGAACCGUGUACGUAUUACGACCGAUGGACCGUUGCUAUGGUCGAUGGGAACGACACCGAAAGAUAUGUGAUAACGGGUUGCAUCGUCGUGUAAUGCAGCAUUAUUGUUGAAUUUGGUUGAAAACUGAAGACAUAAGCCCAGGAUCGCCGUCGUCCUCCUGUUGGUGGUUAGGUUUAUUAGACCAACCUUCCAGGACGUUAAACAUGACAACAGGCGGAAAUUAAAAAAGAGUAGCGAGAUAGGUUCGUAGAAGUUUGCAUUUUGGAAGGCGCUACAAAUCGUUUUUUUCAUAUGUUCCUUGGCUUCACAUACAGGCAUCUGCUACUUGUUCUGCAAGAACGGUCAAGUUCCGUGUAGUAAUUAAAGCACUGUAUAUUGUUGAUUGAACUUAGCAAUGUGAUAUAACUGCCACUCAAUUAUAAUUUUAUCACAUUGCUUGAAUUUAACGAUCGGCAGGAAGUGAAAUAAAUUCGAUUUUAACUGUUAGCAGAAAUCGAGAACAGUACAACGAAAUUAUAACAGUACUUACUUAAUUUAAGUGCUGCAGGAGUCCUCUAAAUUGCUCACGUUGUCUGGCGGCAGCACCAACGCCUUCACUUCAUCUUCAGUUUAUCAGAUUCUUUCUUCACGAUAGAUGUGUGCUGAUUGGAUUGAAGAUUCCUUAGGCCUUAGAAAGAACG